AUGUACUUCUUCCUCUCCAACCUGUCCUUGGCUGACAUCUGUUUCACAUCUACCAUAAUCCCACAGAUGCCAGUGAACAUUCACACACAAAGCAAAGAGAUUUCCUACUUAGAAUUCCUCACUCAAGUAUAUUUUUUUAUGAUUUUUGUUGGAAUGGAUAAUAUGCUACUGACCGUCAUGGCAUAUGACUGCUUUGUGGCCAUCUGCCACCCACUGAAAUACACAGUCAUCAUGAACCCUUGGCUCUGUGUCCUCCUGGUUCUGAUGUCUUGGAACAUCAUGUUCUGGUUCUCCCUGUUUCAUAUUCUACUGUUGAAGCAAUUUACCUUCUCCAUGGGCACUGAAAUCCCUCCUUUCUUCUGUGAUGUGCCUCAGCCUUUCAAGGUGGCCAACUCUGAUGCCCUCAUUAUGUAUGUUUCAACUGCCCUGAUGGUUGUAUUUCCUGUUGCUGGGAUCCUCUAUUCCUACUCUCAGAUUGUCUCCUCCUUAUUGAGGAUGUCCUCCUCUGUGAGCAAGUCUAAAGCCUUCUCCUCCUGUGGAUCUCACCUCUGUGUGGUCUCCUUGCUUUAUGAAGCAGGGCUUGUGGAAUACCUCAAUUCUUCUGGGACCCAUUCUUCCCAAAGAACCACGAUCGCCUCAGUGAUGUACACUGUGGUUACCCCCAUGCUGAACCCCCUCAUCUACAGCCUGAGGAACAAGGAUGUGAAGGGGGCCCUGGGGAGACUCCUCAGAAGAGCAGCCUGUUGUCCUUGA